CUGUUCAUGUUUCACAAUGUAAUAAAAGGAAAACUGCAAAAAUUCAGAAAAUAUCUGAAAUGGCUCAAGACUCAACAGAUAUCAAAGAAACCAUCGGUGCUCUUGACGAUUAUGUUCUUCUAGGACGUAGUGGCUUGAGAAUUUCUCCUCUAUGCCUUGGCACACUGGGAAUAGGUUCGAAUUAUGAGGAGUCUAAGAAAGUUUUUGACCAUUAUUAUGAAAAAGGCGGAAAUUUCUUCGAUGGUGCCAACAUAUACAAUUUUGGUGAGAGCGAACGUUUUCUUGGUGGAUAUAUCGCUGAUAAACGCUCUCAAGUUGUAAUCUCCACCAAAUAUACUUUUAAUCUUACCAAUUUAAUUCCAAAUGCCAAAUUUAAUUCCAAUGCUGGUGGAAAUCAUCGCAGAUCUCUUGUCGAAAAUCUUGACGAAAGUCUUAAACGAUUGGGCACAGGAUAUAUUGACCUCAUGUAUGUUCAUUCUUGGGAAUUUCGUACACCUAUUGAAGAAGUAAUGCGUUCUUUAGAUGAUGUUGUUAGAAGUGGCAAAGUACUCUAUAUUGCAAUUAGUAAUACACCAUCAUGGGUGAUUAGCUCUGCAAAUAUGAUGGCUGAUUUACGUGGUUGGAGUCGAUUUAUUGGAUUGCAAACUCGAUAUAAUUUAUUAGAACGAUCAUUGGAAUACGAUUUACAAUCUGCUUGCGCUGAAUUUGAUGUUGGAAUUAUUCCCUGGGGAUGUGUUGCUGAAGGAUUCUUGACUGGGAAACACACUAGAGAAUCAUUAGCUAAUGCAAAAAAGGGUGAUGAUCUGAGCAAUCUGCGCAAUAAUUUAGUUAUUAGUGCAGCAGAAAAUGAACAAAAUUGGGAAAUCCUUGAUGAAGUUAUAGCUAUUGCUGUCGAAACCAAGAGAAGCCCUGUUCAGGUCGCUUUGAAUUGGAUCGCACAAAAACCUGGUAUUACUUCUCCUCUUAUCGGUGCUAAAACAAAAGCUCAGUUAGUUGAAAACCUUAAAGCUCUUGAAUUCAAAUUAACACCUGAACAAAUGGCAAGGUUAGAUGCUGUUUCCGCGCCAAAGGAAAUACCAUUUCCAUAUUAUUUUUAUUCAAAUCUUGAAAAUUAUGUUGGGGCAUACCCUUUCACUCAUAAGCGUAGCGAAGAUAUUGAAAUAUGCGUUUAUGUUUGCAUCUUAUGA